AUGCCGCCCAGGAACAGGCACUUCCAUACGCGAGAGCCCUUUGAGGGCGACGACAGAUUGACACUCCAGCGCGCCGAAGGGCCCUGUGGCUUCCUCAACCCGACGAGAGCACAUUUUCAACACUCAGACCCGGCGUCAUCGAAAACAAUACCAUCCGACCAUAUCGCCACGUCACACGACAGCGUCAACGGGCACAGAACCCCGAAGGAAUUGGACGAGUCGAACGUCCCGGCCAAGGACAUCCGGUUUCUAUGGCGGUCGCGCGAUAAUCGCAAAGGUCGCCACCCGUUACUCGUCAGAAGGCCGCUCACCGGGGAGGAGGCCUCGUUCCUAACGCCGCGGCGGACGUCGCAUCCUCGAGAGGUGCUGAAGACCGUCAUCCGAACAUUCACCUAUUAUCCCGUAUGGGACAUUUCCUGGCUGGUGGCCUUCAUCUUCACAUCGGGCAGCGUAAUCUGGGUCAUGAAUGGCUUCUUCGUCUGGCUGCCCGUCGUGGCUCCCUCAACCGAGUUUGACGGCGAGAUCUACUACGGCGGCGGCAUCACGGCCUUCAUCGGCGCAAUCCUCUUCUUCGAAAUCGGCUCCAUCCUCCUGAUCUUCGAGGCCGUCAACGCGAACAACACCGGCUGCUUCGGCUGGGCCGUCGAACAGCUCGUCGAUGACGAAGGUGCCGCGGGCCGACAACGGCUCCGCAUCGUCGCGAACCGCCACCACUGCCACCACCACCACCAGAACCGACACAACUUCGUGGGCAAACCCUCCCGGCUGACCGUCCCAGAAGCGAUGCCUAGACCGGAACCGAGGUCGAAGUCUGAAACAAACCACGUGGACGUGGACACGAAGAAGCAAUGGCGCUGGUUCGCAUCCUGGCAAGACCUUCGCACUCACUAUUUUCGCGAACUCGGCUUCCUGGCCGGCUGUGCCCAGCUCUUCGGCGCCACCGUGUUCGGCGUGUCGGGUAUCACCGCCCUCCCCGGCAUCAUCGACCACCUCGAACCCCAGUGGAAGCUCAACGCCGCGUACUGGAUCCCCCAGGUGAUAGGCGGCAGUGGCUUCAUCGUCAGCAGCACAUUGUACAUGCUCGAGACGCAGCAGAAGUGGUGGAAGCCGGCCCCGCAUCUCCUCGGCUGGCAUAUCGCGGCUUGGAACUUGGUGGGCGCGCUGGGUUUCACGCUGUGUGGUGCCCUCGGUAUGGCGUAUAAGAAUUCAGGAGCGCAAUAUGAGGCCGGGUUGGCCACUUUCUGGUGA